UUGCAAGCCAACAGCCUUUUCAUUGCCUCCUCGCCCGUCGCGGGUAGUGGUAUAUUCGAGUUCAGUUUACUUGAGUCGUUGCCUUCUACUUCGGUUUCUGGAAAAAAAAUUGGUGCGUGUGAACUCGAGAUAAGGAUUAAGCAAGUUCCGAUUUCUAUUCAUGCCCAUGUUGUUAAGACCGUACUAAAAUGUACAAGGGAGCAAACUUUGGCAUCUUAAGGUUGAUACUAGUGAUACUCUUGGAUAUAAUAAUUGCUGCUAAUGCUGUACAUUAUGAAGAUGUUGCGGCUCAACAGACGGUUCUGUUCGCUGAGAGAACUGGGGGGCCAAUAGGAAUUCUGACCACGGCGAAUGGAGCACCCGUAGAGUUCAAGGACGCCAAUGUGUCCCUCAACCGGCGAGUACUCUUCAACGAGUAUUUAACGGAGUCUAUAACGCAUCUCAACCGGCAGAAAAUCGUGGAGCGCACGGUGCACGCACCCGGUUCUGGUGCUUUUGGAUAUUUUGAGGUCACCCGCGACAUAACGAACAUUUGUAAAGCAAAAUUCCUAAAUAAAAUCGGCAAAAAAACGCCGGUGGCCGUAAGAUUUUCUCUAGUAGCUCCUUCAAUCGGGGCUUCGGACACAUUCAGAGAUGGGCGCGGUUUCGCUAUCAAAUUCUACACGGAGGACGGCAAUUUCGAUAUGGUGGGCCUCAGUACCCCUAUAUUUCCUUACAAAGACCCUCUCUUCUUCCCGACAUUCGCAAACGCGCAGGCCAAAAAUCCCUCAACCAAUUUGUUCGACGCGAACAUGUUAUGGGAUUACAUAACUCUACGUCCAGAAUCAAUACACUUCUUCAUGUAUAAAUUUGGAGACAGCGGCAUACCCAACGGUUACCGGCAUAUGCCAGGGUUCAGCGUCCAUACAUACCAAGUGACCAACGAUCAAGGAGAAUCGCAUUUCCUUAGAUUCCAUUUAUUACCAGAUCAAGGAGAGGGUUACUUGACUUCUAAAGAAGGCAUGGAGAUAAGUGGAAUUAAUCCAGACGCCUUUACGAAAGACUUGUAUAAUGCUAUUGCAAAUGGAGACUACCCUAGCUGGCAAGUUCUAGUUCAGGUGCUAAGUUUAGAGCAGGUUCGAAAUGCUGCUUUUGACGUCUUUGACGUGACAAAGGUGCUACCCGUUGAUGAGUAUCCGCUUCAACCCUUGGGCCGUCUGGUGCUUGACAGGAAUCCUGUGAAUUUCUUUGCGGAGAUCGAACAAAUAGCUAUGUGUCCCACUAAUUUGGUCCCAGGUAUUCUUGGCGCGCCGGAUAAAUUAUUUGAAGCACGUCGGUUGUCAUAUCGCGAUGCUCAGUAUUAUAGGCUAGGAGCAAAUUUCCAGAACAUAGCCGUUAAUUGUCCUUUGAGACAAUCUUUUACUUAUAACAAUAAUGGCCGUCCGCCAGCGAAAAUAACCGAUAGACCAACGUACUGGCCUAACACAUACCAUGGUCCUGUACCUUAUGUUGAUCCCGAAAGACCUGAGGUACUUGAAAUAGUGCAAGAUACGUCUCUAAACUUUGACCAGGCGUCACAUCAUUAUAAAUAUGAGUUGCCUGAAGACGCAAGGAAACGUUUGAUUAGUAAUAUUGUUGAUAGCCUUGUACAGGCUGAUCCCAAGCUUCAGGAUCGAGCAGUCAAGCUGUUCAAGAUCAUAAAUGCGGAUUUAGGGAUUAGAGUGGAGAGGGGUCUAGCUAAUGAGAAGAAAAAUAAAUAUAAUUACGAACUAAUGUAAAGCUCCAUAUUUUUUGCGUAAAUUAUAUUAAUAAUAUAUUACAAUAUGUCGUGAUAUUAAAUUUUAUGUGGUGUAAGGUACAUUAAGUUCUCGUUAGAUUUGUGUUUAAAACUCUGGUGCCAAAAACUUGUUUUAAGUGUCAAGAAUGCCUACAAAAAUUCUCUAACGAGUACCUACCUACUUGGUAGAUACUUGGAAUAAGAACGGGGUUUUGAUAAUAAUGGGAUUAAUCUGUAUGUAUAAAUUACAUUCCAUAAAAAAAAAAUCAAAAUCGGUUCAGUAAUAAGGGAGAUAUUAAAAUUAAAAUAUAAAAAAAAAACAUACAGACGAAUUGAUAACGUCCUCCUUUUAGGUUUGGAUGUCCUCACUAGACCCACCUAUAUCUACACUUACUCACACCACACCUGUAAACUAUAAUCACGCCUGUGGUAGGCAGAGCACAUUAAACUACUCAAGUUUCAUUCCUGGCAAAGAAGAAAGAAAGCGAAAUUGUGACGUUAAUAGCAGCCAGGGAGCUAUCAACAAUACCUAAUAUUCAUAAUUAAAUAUAUUUUGCAAUGUAAUAGUCGUCACCUUCGUUUUAUGGUAAAAGUACCAGUGCUGGACAGUAAGUCAGUGACUCAGUCAGUAGAUGCCACUUUCAAUAAAGGCAUUGUCAAUAAAUGCACUGGCAAAUUUACCUUAAGUACGUAAGUUUUGUAAAGUAAGUUAAAAAUGUAAAUUUAUAAUUAUUACCCAUGUUAAUUACUUACAUCAAUAAAUUAUUCUCAGCAAA